CGAUACAUCGUACAAUAUCGCUGCGCACUUAUCGAUAGUGCUGUUGAUGGUUUGGCAGCCGUAGUGUGACCAUAUUGCCACGUGCCGCGGAUUCAGUUUGUUUUGAUCUUCCGAAAGCGUUUUCGAAGUACAAUUUAUGCUGAAGAUUGCGGCCCGGCCCCAUCAUGAGCACACAGAAACUGGAGUACGAUGCCCGCAUGGGCGGCCGGAUCACACUGCCCACGCACGUGUCUACCUACCGCUACGCGGCGGGUGCGCUGAACGAGAUUAAGGGACUCAUCGCCGAGGCCUUGAGUCCAGUCAGCAGCAAACUGAUCUUCCAGUCGCUGCCCAAGCACAUGCGGCGUCGCGCCAUGUCCCACCAUCCGAAGCGGUUGCCGCGCAAGUACCGCCACGCCCACAAGAACCAGAUGAGCAAGGGCGGAAACGACCCGGUGAUCCGGAAACGUCCCUCGCGCAAGUACCGGCGCCGGCCCGGUAACCUGCUGAAGGAGUACGUGCGCCGCCAGCGGCGGCACCACUGGCUGGAGACGCACAUCUGGCACGCCAAGCGCUUCCACAUGGUGGACCGUUGGGGCUACCGCCUGGCCAACGCCAGUUGCGACAAAACCUACCGCGCCUGCUAUCGGGCAAGCGUCCAGCACUGCCUGCUCCAGGACAUCUCCUACUACACCUGCGUCGAGCUUCAAGGUAGCCUAGAGUCGUUGCGCAAGGGAUUCGCCCGCCUGACCAGCCCUGAGUGCGGCUUGAGCGUGACGGCGAGAACUUUUCUUACGGGCCGUCGCGAGGGAAGCGUGGAGCUCUUCGCCGAUAGCCAGUAUCCUCGCGGUGCUCUCCAGCGUGCCAGCUUCAUGUGGCGACCCCUGGAGGAAGGAGUGACAUCCACACAGGAUACACGCACACUUUGGCUCUGGCUGCAUCCCAGUGCCGCCCAGGCUACCGUCGAGCAGCUGCAGAGAGUGUUCCUGCUGCAGUCCAGGCGACAACAGACGCUACCCUUGGAGGAAAAGCCAGCGAAGGAGCAAAAAGAGAAGCCGUUGCGUUUCUGGACACAGACCAAGGCUUUUGAACGCCACGCCCACUACUCCAACACGAACGGCAGCAUCCAGCUGCUGGUGUUGCGGCAGGAGUUCAACCGCUUUCGCCUGACGGGACCCCAGGCACAGCGAGUGCUGGCAUCCAGCCUGCGGGCGCAUCGGAGGGAUCAGCUUGGAGUCCAGGCGGCCCAGGCCGACUACUGCGAAGCCGCUCUCCAACUGCAUUCCCCUAACGAGGUGCUCUCGAACCUCAUUUUGGGCCUCCACAUCGUGGAUCCCCGCCUGCAGCGUCCCUGCAAGCGCACUAAGGCGGAAUCUCGUGCUGGAGCGGUGCCAGCUGGUAAUCUCCUGCUCAGUCCGCCCGAGUGCCUGGCCCAGAGUCCGCUCUGGCUGCGGGAGGAGAGGGAGCGUCUGGCCAGGGGCAUAAUGUCCACGCAGCACUACCAGGAGCUGCGCCAGCAGCACGCUGUAGUUCCCGGAGUACCGUGUGCCUUCGAGGACCAGAUGCAGGCGGUUCCACUCCUGCUGAUCCAGCGACCCGGCUCCCAGGAUCCCGAAUACAAGCGCCUGGGCUACGGCUGCGGCUGGGACGUGAUUGCGCCGGCCAAGUACGGCAUGGCCCUCUGGCUAACACUCACCAUGUGGGGCGCCAGGCCGGGCGGCCUGCGGGAGCUCGAUUCGGUGGCCAGGGAGUCUGGCGGCGAGCAGCAUCUGGCCGACACUUUGGCGGGGCUGAAGCUGGCGUCUGCGGCUGCCGAGGAGCGGCGCGCUCGCUACUUCCGCCUGCCGCCCAACAAACGCACCAACUACCGGAAGCUGGCAGUGGCCAGCCCCUUCAGUGCCCCUUGGAAGCACCUGGUGCGGGACUGGCAGACCACUGCUGCCACCUCCAGUCCAGCCGUUGGAUCGUACCACGUCCUGCGACACCGAGAGCUGCUGGAGUCGAUCGGCGAUUGUCUGCGGCUACACCAGCCUCUACCCGACCAGGUGCCCGACGACUGCCUCAUCCAGAUCCAGCUACGUCUGAAGGCGCGUGGACAUGUGAAGGACAAUGCCCUGAUAUGUCUGCCCUCGGCUGCCGAUUACAAGCAACGCUGGCGUCAGAUCAGUCGGAACGAGCAGGCGCCCGUCCACAUAGAGCCUCCGCAGCCCGAUCUCAAUGAGCGGACGCGCAAGGACCUCCGCAGUGACCACAAAAUCAAGCUGAAGCGCCUGCGGGCCCGACGAGUGCGCGAGAAGCGGCGCCUCCAGGAGACGGCCACCAGGCGUGUCCAUAUCCGACCGGCCAACACGGCGCCCCUGGUCCGAGCCCACCUCUUGGAGAUGUGCCGCCUCUGGCUGCCCACAGACCCCGCCGAGACGAGCGAUAGCGUGCGACGCCAGUGCAGCCGCGAGGUCUUCGGCUACGUGACUACGGCCGGCUUCAGCUUCACGGAGGCGACCGUCUGUGCCGUCGGCUAUGUUACUCCCGGCGGCCUGCAGCAUUUGUUGAGCAACCUGAAGGACUCCAAGGGACGCCAACUGCAGCCGAUGUGCCUGGUGCGCGACCCCGACAGCCGCGACUAUCGCUGGGCUACCGUCCAAGUGAAUCUAAAUGUGGCCGCCCAGACCUUUUGAUCCGAGGAUUAGCUGAUAGCCAAUGUAUGUAUAGUGCCUAAUAUAUAUCCGAGAUAUACGAAAUAGAUUAUGAUCUUAGCAGAUGAUUGAUCCGAAUUGUCGCUGCCUUUAGUUUGGUUUAAUGUAAACUCAAAAUGAACAACUCGCCCAGUCACCUUGAAAAUUCGAUUGAGAUGUAAUUUUCGGUGGAAAUCAAUGCUAAAAACCGAAAUGCGAAAGACCUUUCCGUACAAUUAGUUCUAUUUUUGAGGUUUCUUUGGUGUGAAGGGAACAUCAAGAAGGUCUCUUACGAUUUGAAGACAAAUCUCGUGUGGAAAAUAGUUUUGGAUAUUGGUAUGAUGAUGGAAAUGAUAUUGAAGAAGAUAAUAACUCCUUUGUUUCAUGUUAAUUCCGGUAGUUCUGGCAGGUUCGAGGAAGGAAUCGAGAAAUUAGAAUCAGCAGGAGAAAAAUGUUUUUUCCUCUGGAGAAGAGAUGGAAAAGAAACGAAGUCCAAUGAGCGAGCAACUGGGAAGAGAACGAGAGCUUGGAAUGGGCGAGUAGUAGGCCACUCCAGAGGUGUGCUGCUAUUGGAUUCGCGAUGUCCAUUGAUCCAAAGAUUUUUGACUGGGAUCUAAAUUGUUUGAGAUCCUGCGGUGUAUCGAACCAGUCCGGAUAUCUGUAAUGCUCCCGUCGAAGAAUCGUUCGAAUUUGUUGAAAAUAAAACGCAUUUGGAAAUUUGUUGUACAUAUUUAA